UGCAGAAAACGAAAGGCAAAAUGCGACACAGGGAUACCCGCCUGUAGUCAGUGCCAGAGCUCGGGUUCUAGCUGCGACUACACCGAUGCUCGAUCCAAGACUACCCACCCUAGGACAUACAUUAGUGAUCUGGAGGACCAAGUUUCACAGUUGGAAGAGAGAAUUCGGGCUCUCGGUAAAGAUAAUGAGGACAAGGCUCCCUCCAACAGAAGCCGACUACCCUCAGCUGCUGCAGAGGAGAAUGCUGAGACUGACGACCGCGAACGCCCCGACUUCAUUCGUCUGGAAUUGGGAGAUGACUCUCAUUUCUUAGGCGCCUCGAGUGGCAUGCACCUUGCGCGUUCCGUUCUGGAAUCUACGAGAAAGAACAGUACAAGCUUCGACAGUCACAAUUCCCGACUAGAGUCAGAUCGUCAUUCUCAGUCAACACAUUGCGAGGAUCAGAAUGGAAGCCUUGGGCAUGAUACGAGGGAUGAGAACCCGUUACCCUCACUCGAAACAGCAGGCAGCCUCAUCGAGAUUUUCUUCUGCCAAUACCAAAUACAGUAUCCUAUUCUCGAUCAGCAAGAAUUUAUGGACCACGUUUCCAAACUUUACGCGCCAGACGAGCCAGGGAAUCGCUCAACCUCAGCAGAAGAACCAUGGACAAGAUUCAUGCUCAACAUUGUACUGUCCAUAUCUUUGCUGCUCCUCUCACAUGACAACUCCGACUCUUUGGUGCUGGCGGAAAGAUUUCGUAUGAAUGCCAACGUGGAACUCGGUUCUGUGAUGAGACGAAAAACACACAGAACGUUGCAAUGCUUGUUACUUCUUCUGUUGUCGUCAAUCGUGAGCUCUAGAUCCGCACCGGUGUGGUAUAUAUCGGGACUUUGCAUGCGCAUGUGUGUCGAUCUGGGAUUCCACUCGGAGCAGACAAUCAAGUAUGGCCUGGAUGAAAAUGAUGGGCCAGACGAGGAGCUCCAGGAUAUGAAGCGAAGAUUAUUUUGGGUCACCUAUACGUUCGACCGAAGCCUGGCUACCAUGCUUGGGAGGCCGUUCUUCCUAGACGACGAUGACAUCGACGUUGAGUAUCCCUCUCGAUCUUUGCCUCAGACGAAACGAAGCCAAGUGCUCCACUGGUUCAGGAUGCAGCGGAUGCAGAGCGAAAUCGUAUACCGCCUACAUACAAACAAAGGCCCUCAUGCCCGUGGUACCGACAAAACCCCUGAUCUCGCUACCUGGAAGGCCAUGAUGGCAGCAAAAUUGCUCUCAUGGCAAGACGAGUCUACUAAACUGAUUGACAACGAGAACCAUAGCAUGGAUUGGUGGAGAUACUGGUAUCAAAAUGCCAAUCUCAUGCUUCACCGACCGCUCUCUCACGGUCCCCUGCCAUCUUCGGAAUCACUACUAGCCGCAUAUGAUUCAGCCAAGAGCAUGGUCCAUUUGUCCUUCAUUCGCGUCUACAAAGGUCCAUCCGAGUUCACCUGGCUAGAUCUUCAUUACCAAUUAAUGAGUGGUCUGACAUUGCUCUUCCUUGUAUUGAAGAGCCCGGAUGCAAGACGAAAAGCGCAGACGGACUGGGCAUCAUUCAAGAGUUGUACGAUUGAGUGGCAAGUGGUGCUGGAGAAACUCACGGGCCGUUGGGUGCAGAUGGCGCGAACGAAAGAGGCUUUGGUGCGAUUAGUUGAAGCUGCCGUGGAUACAAUCGAGGAGUCCUCUUCUGGCGAACGAUCAAAGCGCGGCGGGAAUAGGAUUAUGCGUGAUCGUCGGUACAGAGAAUCCAUUAUGCAAGAGCUGGGCUCGCCUGGAACGGCUUCUUCAACCCACAACACAACAUCCUUGAGUCCCGAAAAUGUCGAUUCUUCUCAUUAUAGAAUGGCUAUUGACGAGAGACUAUGGGGAAAUGACAAUCCCGGCUCAGGAGGCUUUCAGAUACCCAGGCAUAGGUCAAACCGUGAGGAGCAUGAGUGUUCGCCAACAAACGCCACGCAUCCACCACCUGAGACAGUUUCGGUUUCUACGUGGUCUGAUAGCCAAAUUCAGCCGGAAGAUCCCAUGUUCACUCCGUUAUUCGACGAUUUAGACUUGUCCUCUAUGAUAGAUGGGGAUGUUUGGUCUGGUCUGAAUACAUUCGACGUAUCGCCGCAGACACAAUUUGGUCUGUUCGACCAGUAUCCGCUUCCCAUGCUGGGUGUAGAGACAUUUGGGCUCCCAAUGACGGGAUCGGGCAGUGGAAGGCUGGAUACAACACUCACAGAAAGCGUGCUCAACUUUCAGGGUAACAUGGAGGAGCCUCGGCAAGUUGAC